GCGCGCGCGGCGGCGGCGGCGCGGAGCGAGCUGCGGCGCGAGCGGCGGGCGAGCGGGUGGGCGCGCACCGAGCCGCCGUCCCUCCGGCCCCAGCACCCCGGCGGGACCCCGCGGCCCAGCGCCCUCCUCCGCAGCGCGGACAGCUCUCGGCGCCCUCUGCAGAAUGGGGAAACAGAAUAGCAAGCUGGCCCCUGAGGUGAUGGAAGAUCUGGUGAAGAGCACGGAGUUCAAUGAACAUGAGCUAAAACAGUGGUACAAAGGAUUUCUAAAGGACUGUCCAAGUGGUAGACUGAACCUUGAGGAGUUUCAGCAGCUCUACGUAAAAUUCUUUCCAUAUGGAGAUGCUUCAAAGUUUGCCCAGCACGCCUUCCGAACCUUUGAUAAAAAUGGAGAUGGGACCAUUGACUUCAGAGAGUUCAUUUGUGCACUGUCCAUCACCUCACGAGGCAGUUUUGAGCAAAAGCUAAACUGGGCCUUCAACAUGUACGACUUGGAUGGUGAUGGUAAAAUUACAAGAGUGGAAAUGCUGGAAAUUAUAGAGGCCAUCUACAAAAUGGUGGGCACUGUGAUAAUGAUGAAAAUGAAUGAGGAUGGUCUGACGCCUGAGCAACGGGUAGACAAGAUCUUCAGUAAGAUGGAUAAGAACAAAGAUGACCAGAUCACACUGGAUGAAUUCAAAGAAGCUGCAAAGAGUGAUCCUUCCAUUGUAUUACUCCUGCAGUGUGACAUUCAAAAAUGAGCUUGUGUACAAUGCGUCAUAGACUGCACAGAAGUUUAAUGUUCCAUUCAGUUUGCAGCUAUUUCCACACACACAAAAAUUUGCUUGGACUACCUAUAAAUGGACUUGCUUCUUGUGUUUGAAACACUUGUGUGCAUGAGAAUGUCAUUUGCUAAAGAAUUUUAAAAGUAUAUAUUAUAAAAAUAAACUGCCACAACGUGAUGUGUGCAAUGUCAUUUCAUAACAACCCUAUUCCUCUGAAGCCUGUGCAGCAGUCCUGUGCUGCAGUGAAUUAUAUUAUUUAUUGUUCAUGUUUUACUGAUGCUAGAGCUCUGUGUCUCCUAGACCGAGUAAUGUUAGUGACACUGAAUUCCCAUGGUAAUGUUAACUGUUUAUUAUAAAUCAUGUCACCAUUCUGCUGUAAAGUAGUACUGGACAGACAGAGGGGAAGAGUUCCUCAGCUCUUAAGUCUGAUCCACACAUGUGCUUGUAUUGUCAGUGGAUAUAAAUGUACUUCAUUUGCAUGCCUUUUAGGUUUGCCUUAAUUCUUACCUCAUUUGCAUCCCUUCAAUCUGGAAAGAGCUAUGUCAGAGGAAUGCAGUAUAAAAAAAAAAAAGAAAAUCCUGCUAAAAUGAUCCCUUUAGUUAAAAAUAUAUAUAAAUAUAUAUAUAAUGUUUAAAAUAUUGUUUUAUUGGAAGUUUAAAGGUUUUAUUGGAAGUGUAUUGAUCUUUGCCUGAAUUUUCAAAAGCUUCCACAGAGGUUGCAAUAUAUAUGUCCCAAAAUAAAUUUAUAACAUUUGACCUUUUCCCCUAAUUCUUAUUUCAUGUCUUCACCACAGUAAUAGGGAAAAAAAAAAAGUUCAAUCUCUUUAAUUAUCUGCCACUGUACUACUGAGAAAUGUAUAUUUCAUUAUGAAAGCAUGAAGAAAACUUCUUUGCACGCACUCAACCCACUAGAAGAGUCAUUUUAUAUGAAACCAAAAGUUGUAGUUCUUGUGUUUACCCACAGAGCAGCUGUUUAUCCUCUAAGAUUUGACAGUAUACGUACUAGACCUGUGCUUACACAGCUUUUCAAGCUAGCUGGAAGUCAAAUAGUUUAUUUGCUUGGUCUAAACCUGGUCUAAUGUUUUUCCCUCCUUAUGUAAGAGUCUUUUCUCUUACCAUAUGACAAUAAACUACCCCGGGUUUAAUAUAAACAGGCAUGUUGUUAAAAAUGAGUACUUAUUGAUAAAUUAAUCAAAGUAUGAUGAUUGAGAAGGGAUAGUGAAGAGAACCACCUUCCUCCUCAAUUCUAUGGGCAUCAAUCAAGUUUAUACUGUGGCAAAUACAAGUUCUGCACAGCCCUAGGAAAGCAUCAAGAACUAGGAGACUGUAGAAAUUGCAGAUGAAAAUCUUUCCUACACCACAUUUCCCAGUUGCUUUAAACAGUUGGUUGCUUGCAGGAUUUAAAAAAAAAAAAAAAAAUAGUCUGAACAUCUUAUAAUUGCAUGUUUGAUAUUUCUUCUUUACCUUAUGAAGAAAUGAGACGGUACUCUUAAUAGCUAAAAAUCAAAACAAUAAAACAUGACACAAACCAAA